CACGAGCGGAUGUAGGCUUUGACGUCAGCAAGGAGGGAAGGCCAAUGGAAAUAACGGGAGAUGGUAUCAAAGGUUUUCUGGAAACCAAGGUGGCCAGCGGUCUUGGCGUCGUGGUGCUCGACCAAGAGCUGGAUGCGGAGGCCACGGGCGUCAGGGAUGAAGAGUCGGCGGGUGCCUUUGGUUUCUAUGUAGAGAAUGUUGUCGUGGAGGGCGUAGCCGGAGACGGGGUCAAGGUCACGGAGUUUGUUGUAGAUGGUGGUGAAGUCGGGGCAAGAGAGGUAUCCUUGGGUGUAGCGAUGGUGGAGCGAUGGCAGGAGCUGGAUGUGGGUCAUGGCAGCGCAGACUUUCUCAAGGGGCUUGUGGUCGGGGCGGCGGAAGAGGGCAUCGGCAACGCGGUUGCUCUUGCCAGGGGUGUGACAAAUGGUGAAGGGUCGGGGGGAAAGUGCUGGGAUAAGACGGCCGCGAUGGCAAAGUCGGAGGCAUCCGUGGUGACGAAGAAGUGGCUAGUGGGGUCGGCGAUUUUGAGGACAGGGGCAGUGGUGAUGAGCUCCUUGAGUUUGUCGAAGGCGGCUUGGCGGCGGUCUGUCCAGGCAAAGGGUUCGGUGGCACGGGUGAGCUCAUGGAGGGGGCAUUACGAGAAACUCGUAGUGCCCGAAGCGGGAGCGAAAGGCGGUUUUGUGGGAGUCCUCCUCGCGGAUGCGGAUCUGGUGGAAGCCACUGCGGAGGUCGAUCUUGGUGAAGUAUUUGGCUCCACGGAGGCGAUCAAGAAGUUUGGAUAUCCGAGGAAGCGGAUACUUGUUCUUGAUCGUGAUCCGGUUCAAGGCGCGGUAGUCCGUGCACAUGCGGAGUUCCGAGGUGUCAUUCUUCUUGACGAAGAGACAACUGGUACCGAAGGGGGAGGAGCUAGGCUUAAUGAAUCCUUUUUCAAGGAGUUCAUUGAGUUGGCGCUUCAUUUCCUCGACCUCGGGGACGGAGAGCUGGUAUGGGGGGGUGCAAGGGGGGGAGUGGCCGGGCUCGAGAUCGAUGGUGUGGGAAACACCUCGGUCGGGAGGUAGUCCGGCGGGCAAGGAUUCGGGAAACAUGUCUUUGAAUUCG